AUGUCAUCUACACCACCUCAUAGUGAACAUAAUGACUAUAGUGGAGUACCUCAACCAGCACAACCAUUAGAUAAAGAGGCAAUGCAUCAUAUUCAUAUGUUGGUUAAAGAUCUUACUAUACCAGAGAAACGUGAGAAUGCUUUGGUCGAUUUGAGUAAGAAGCGAGAGAGUGUACCUGACUUGGCACCGAUCCUUUUGAAUUCCUUUGGAACGAUAGCGGCGUUGUUACAGGAGAUCGUUUCAAUAUAUCCUUUACUAUCGCCACCGAAACUAAAAGCACUACCUUCAAACAGAGUAUGCAAUGCAUUGGCGUUACUUCAAUGUGUUGCAUCGCAUCCCGAUACACGUACAUUUUUCCUUCAUUCACAUAUUCCAUUAUUCUUAUAUCCAUUCUUAAAUACAUCGAGUAAAAAUAGACCAUUUGAAUAUUUAAGAUUAACAAGUUUAGGUGUAAUUGGUGCAUUAGUAAAGAUUGACGAUAGUACAGUUAUAGACUUUUUAUUAUCAACAGAGAUUAUGACAUUGUGUGUAAGAAUUAUGGAAACAGGAUCGGAACUCUCAAAGACAGUUGCAACAUUUAUUGUACAAAAGAUAUUGUUGGACGAUAUGGGAUUGAAUUAUAUUUGUGCGACAAACGAACGAAUCAUUGCAUUUUUGAUGGUUUUGAAGAAUAUGGUGGUUUCUUUGAUUGAGCAACCCUCGCCAAGACUACUGAAACACGUGAUCCGUUGCUACCUGAGGCUAGCAGAGAAUCCAAAGUCUCGCGAACUCCUCAGACAAUAUAUACCGAUGGCACUACAAGACGGAACCUUCAACUCACACCUCAAAGACGACAAAGAUUUCACAAUCAAGCGAUGGCUCACCCAACUCCUCUUCAUUUUGAACCCACAACAAGAACAAUUCAAUCCAAAUAUGAACCCAUCGAUCAACACUCCACCACUCUCCACCCCACUAAGCAAUAUUUCCGCAGCAAUCAAUCAAUCAUUAACAAGAAACAUGAAUGCAAAUAAACAUUAA